CUCACUUGUAGAAAAAAACGCGGGAAGCAUUUUAAACGAAGCGAAGCGUUUUUUUCUUGCAAAACAAACAAACAAACAAACCAUUUGAUUAAUAUUUGUACGCAAUUUAGAUUUGCGACGUCCAACUUUGACAACUAUAAUGCGACCACCGGCAAAAAACACCGGCGGUCGCCGUGCAAGCAAUGUUCCAAAGCCAACAUUGGGGGACUCGGACACAGACACGGAGAAUGACAGCACCGCAUUCCAAUCGCCCGACGAUGAAAAUGCCACCGACUACGGCUUGGAGUUUACCACUAGCCGUCUCAAUCUCCAAGAUUCGAACAAUCGGCGCACCUCGACGCUGCGCAAAGACACAUCUGCUGCUGCCCGUCGGGCUCGAGAGAAUGAGGAGUCAUCUGACGAAGAGAAUCGCCCACCAGAACCAGCAGUACGGCCGGGACACAACACCUCAAAUCGCAGUCUUCGUUCAGCAAAUCCUCCACCGCCGCAGCAAUCCAGACCCACUCGACAGGCGCAGCAGGCAAGAGCCACUGGAGCGCCGCGCCGGAAACAGACCAGACCCGUAAGCCGGGCCCUCCAGAUGCAACGAGAGAUAAAACGUCUGCAGUCGUUGCCCUCAUUGCUGAUACCCCGCCUUCCGUUUGCUCGCCUGGUGCGUGAGUUGAUCAUGAAUUUCACUGGCUCAACAUCGCCCUUCAAGGUCACCACGGGCUCCUUGGAGGCUCUACAGACGGCAGCUGAAAUGUACAUCACCCAACGCUUCCAAGACGCCUAUCUGCUCACCCUGCAUCGCAGUCGAGUGACGCUGGAGGUACGCGAUAUGGCGCUUAUGGCAUUCCUGUGUGGCCAGGGGCGAAUUAACUAAACGUAUUGUAUUUGUAUUGUUUAAGGAUAGUUUAAGAAAUCCUGUAAUAUAUAACAAGUGAAUUGUGUUCUUUUAUUCUUUUUAAAUAAAUGAAAAUUGUUUUGUUUAGCCUUAAA